UAUCGCGACACUUUUUUUCCCUUCUGCCACCACCCAUUGCAGAAAACAAUCGCAAUCGGUUUGCCAUAUUUCCACCCUCUUUAAAUGCAAGAUCUACCGACCAUGGCCGCUAAAAUAUACAGAUGGAACGAGAAGGUCAACGCGUAGAAGAAGAAAGAUCAAAACGCUCUAAAUCGAAAUCUAUAACCACUUUUACUCGAGACCCGCCUCUACUUUCCAGCCCUGCGAAAAAAAAGAAGCCUAUUACGAAAGAUAAAUCGGCCGAGUCAGACCCAGAGUACUGGAAAAUCAACAGAAUCCAAGAGGAGAAGAUUAGCAAGGGAACAAUCUGGUACUUGAUCGAUUGGGCAGACCACCCUGUUACUGGAGAGGUUUACCCCAGCAGCUGGGUAUGUUGUAACACUUGCCCCCAGAAAGAACAUUGCGCAUGCUUACUCGUCUUAGGAACCCGCUGCAAACGUUACCGAAACCGCAAUUAGGGAGUGGAAUUUGAGAAAGAUUGCCCAAGAGCCCAAAAGAGAAAAGAGACUGUCGCAAGACCCCUCCUCACCCACUGUCCCAAAUAGUACUAGCAAGCCUGCCGGAGCUGUCAAUCGAAAGAGGAAUAGAAAACGAAGUUUAACUCCUCCGCAGCAAAAGAAGAAACCACGAAAGGCAGGCACAUCGGAAACAGCAAGAUUCCAGUCGGUCUCUCUCGAGAACCACAAUUCGCAAGAGAGACCCACUGAGAUCAAGGAUAGCUACGAGGAGCCAUCGUCAAGUGCGACAUCGGUUCGAGCUGUGUACCAAGCUCGUGUGGAAAUCCCCCCCAUUCCAAAUACCUUCAACCGAGCAGCGUACUCUCCCGUUCCGCUCUCCAGCUCGCAACCCUCGGAAAAGUACUCGCAAAAUCUCUCAGAUACGACCCAGUCACAACUUCAGACUCAAUCGCAAACUUUUGACCAAUUUUCUAGUUCUCAGCAAAAACUCGUGCGAGAGGAAGUCGAAAGUAGUGACGAGGAGUUGCCUCAGCCGCUAGUCAGACGUCCCGCUCGUUCAAGAAAGGUAUUACGAGAAGAAGUAGUCGUAAUUCCAGAUUCGCAAGAUACUGGCUCGUCUCCUACUUUCAAAGCUACCCUUCAAGCCGAUACUAGGUCAAGUGAUUUAUCUGCUGCAGCGCAACACUCAUCUCGCGACGAAGCAACUGUAGCAUUUGAAAGUCAACCCGGGACUGGACCCUUUGCUCUUAAGGCCCCCUCAGGAUCCGUCGAGGACCCAAUCUCUCAUUCUCAACUAUCAGAAUCUCGUCCUCAUUCUUACCCUGGUGUGGAGGUUCCUUCUCAGAGAGAGAAGACUGGACCAGCACUGCGAGUCAAGCCCGUGCAGCAAGAACCGAGUUUGGAAAGUCAGGAAUUUCAAACUCAAGUUCCAUUUUCCACUCAGACAAGCGACAUCACUGAAAGUGGGAAUGGUGAGUUGGUGUUGACAGAGAGGUGAGUCAUUUUCUUUUGUUUAUAAUACUUCCAGCCAUGGUGUCCAGCUGCUUUGGAUAAAUCAUUUGAGUCCAAACCCUUUUAAACAUAGAAAACUAGAAGAGUUUCUAUGUGAACGAAGGAUACGGUUGAUGCUAAAUAUGCUCUCAUUUCAACUCAAGUAGAGUCAAUUUGACAAAAUAUUAGCCAAUUCGCAAGCCCUUUUUUGAGUUCGUGAAUAGCAGACUCGUUUCUGCCUUGGCCCUUGGCUUAUUGUCUCCUUACUUUAUACUUUUGCGGCGAAAUUUCUAACUCAUGUCAGUGACGCUUCUCAUUUCAUCCCAGUCCAAGAAAGUGCUGGCACCGAGUCUCAGCAACGCCAACCAUCAGGCUCGGCUAGUCUCGUGCCAUCCCUUCAAGCUGUAUCUGAGACAGUAUUGAGGUCAUCUGCAUCUGCGCCCCAGUCUUGGUCACAGUCUCAUUCAAUCUCCCGGCCAGUCCUUUUGCAGACUGUGACGAAAGAUAUUGAUAGCCUUCAAGCAAACUGUGACACUGCCUCGGAAUCUUCGCCCACAUCACCGCAACCUAAUUCACCUGUAGCAGUUCGAUCGAGGUCCCAAACGGUACAAUAUCGCCAACAAUCUUCCCCUAUCCAAAGCGACCCGGUCGUGCAACCAAGCUCUGACGCUAGCACAAAGGAUAUCUCUGCAAGACAGAAUUCUUCUAGCUCCGAGUCCCUAUCUCGAGAAGACAAAGGAAAGGUUCCGCAAAGUGGUCUGAUUCAAAGUAUCGAGCGAGCUUCAGAGUCCUUGUCGCCGUCAAAAAUGGAAGACUUCAGCGAUGCAAGCCAGGACACGAGAGCGUUGUUGAAGGCUGCGAGGAUGAAAGCUGUAGAAAAGAGGAUGGCAGAACGUCUGGUCGCAAGAAGUACUUCCACUUUGCCUGCUACACCUCCAGCUCCAGAAGUACCUAGCCAACCACUGCCACUCCGGGAAACUAUACCACCCCCCUCUCCAAAGACUUCCGAAAGAGCUUCUGAGGAGCCAGAGUUCGAUGCGAUACCAAAAACUUUGGUACCGUUGCAAGACGGUGAUUGUCUUAUACCACUGCCUUUAAUGGCAUCUAUUCGGGAUGGCUAUGUCCAAACCAUCAAAAACAAUAAACAAGCCCGACUGGACUUUAUCGAAUAUGGUAAUGAUGCCGAGGUCGUUGAGAGGAUUGAUAUGAUGCUUGACGAAUUAGAGAAGCAAUGCGAUCAUCCAGAUCUCAACGCGGAUGAUUAUACAUCGCAGCGAGAAUUACCACCAGAGAUACAGGGACGGUACGCGGAGACUGUAAGCACAAAGUGCUUCUUCGUUGGCGAACUUAUUAGAGCGAUGCGGGAGUCUGAUAAGCAUCUGGUAAUUCUCUCGAGGCCUGGACGAAUGUUAGAGAUCCUUCAGGGACUUUUGAUCCGCCACCAAUUCUCCAAGCGCGUUGGGGAUGGGAACACCUACCUUCCUACCGCUGGGUCUUUACGAGUUACGCUUCUUGGGCUUGAUUAUGAAGAAAGAGAGGAGCAGAGUCUCGAGCCUGCGUCUUUGGUGGUGGUGUUUAGUCCAAGUUCAAAUUUGAGCCAAUAUUCGGCGUUAAGAAGAAACCCCGCUAGUUUGACGCUAGCGCCGCUGGCUUCGCUUGUUAUCACCCACUCAAUUGAGCAUCUCAACCUGUGUAUCGACCAGGCGACACCCCCCAACGAGAGAUACUUCUUGCUCAUCAAUUUUCUGAGUCAGAUUCAAGACCAAGUCGGUAAACUCGACUCAGAGCAUCCCUUGAUAGAAGAAACCGCCCUCGACCUCGCGGCAUCUAUUAUGGACGAUUCGCAACAACUGCCUGUGUGGGGAAUGCCUCCAAUCGACGUCGCCAGCUUUGCGAGUCGUUCAACACCUGCUCAUCCCAGCAACCAGGUCGCAGGCGCCAUGAUGGGACCUGAUGGCAGUGCAACUAAUAACGAAGUUGCUUCUGCGAAGCGCCAAUUCGUAUGUCACUCUCUUGACCUCACUCGAGUACGAUAGCUGAUGUUUCUAGAACGUGGAAGAGAACGCUGUUGACGCACGAAAGCGACAAAAGUUGUUGGAUGGUCAUGACCAACCUGACAUGACUGCCCCUCUUGCUUCCACGAUGAUUGCCGCCAACACGGAUUGCCCACAACACUCACAACGCGUAAGUUGAUGUUCAUUUCUACUUUCACACGUAAUCUCAUUAAUGAUGGCCUAGAUCCGCGAACUCAUGAAGGCGCUUGAGGAAAAAGACAAGAUCAUCAGUCAAAAGUCAAAGCUAAAUACCAACCUGGGAGCGGAAAUUGUAGACCUCAAGCGCGGUAUCACUAUAAUCUACCCGAAAUUUUACGAAAGCCUCAACGAUGCUAAGAAAUGCUCGCGCGAGGCUGAUGAGUCGAAGAAGAGUGAGGACAUCUUGCGACGCAAGUACGAUGCAUUGGUCUCACAACACGAUCAACUUAAAGCACAAAAGACUGCUGUGGACACCCAACUGGCGGCUGCGCGCGAGGAGUCACGAAACUCGUCUGAUCCACUGGUAGCAGAAAUGAGCCGAGUCAACGAAAAGAACACCGCUUUACAAGCUGAGAUUGAAAAGCUUAAGAAGCAACGAGAGUCUGACGCAAAGGAGCUCGAGUUCAUCCGGAACCAAUACCAGGAUGCUUCUUCAGCAGCUGGUGAAGCGAACGCCAAGAACCGCUCCCUCGAGGCUGAGGUCGUCGAAUUGCGCAAGCGAGCUGAUGAAAAUUCCGUCCUAAUUCAUCAAAUCGCCAAAGACACUGCUGUCGAUCAAUACACCGAUGCUAUCCAUGCUCUUCAAGGAGAAAAUGCCGAGCUAAACAAUGAGCUUAAGCGUGCCUAUGAGGACAGCAGACAACGACGCGUCCGUACGACUAGAGGUGCUUCCACUCCUCGAAGCCCUCGCAUGGCUCCCGGCACUAUGAGUCCUCGUAAUGUUGGUCGUACCAUGGGUGGAAGUCGUGCAGGUUCUCCUGCGCCCGGCGAGCCGAACAGAGGCAACUUCUUUGAGGGGAGUGCUGUCUUUAAGCAACGGGGACGUUUUCAAUGAGGGGCCAGUCGAUGCUUUUGAGGUCUGUGAUCCUCGGCUAUUGUAUGAUGAGCUAACUACGACGAUGCUCUCUGCCUAGCUGCGGUCUCUCAAAUCUCAAUUUUUUGCUUCGGCUUCUUCACUUCUGUGCUUGUUCACCCUCUUAUGGUUUUCCUGUACAAAGUUUGCGGCGGUGACUUUUUUUCUUUUUUCCUUUCCUGUUUGUCAUGAAUGAUGCGAUACUCGAGUAAUCAAGGGAUGGGAACUUUGCAUUGGCCGUUGUCUGGUUAUCAUACCCCCUUCUUCUAUGGGAGGCCUUUUUACAAUUGAGCGGAUGGCUGGCUGGCGUUUCGGGCGUUGCACACUACCAUGGUCCCUUUUGUGUGUUUUUUUCCAGAGACGAUGCAUCAUGAUGGUUCAGAACGUCGGGGAGUUCUUUUUGCGUUAAUUGUGCUUUUUACUUGCACGAUAGAUGGGGGUUUCUGCAAAAUGGUGGUGGUUUCUUGAUAAUGAGGGUUGUUUGCUUGUUAUGCUAUUUUCUUCCCCCAUGGUGAGAUGGAGGGAUUCGAUGGCGUCUAGCUGCGUCCUUCCUUUUCGAGGAUUUGAUAGGUACUGAUGAUGAUGAGGUUGACUGACUGCUAUCUUGCUAUUUACUUUUUCUUUCUUUCCUCCAUGGUGAGAUGGGGGAUUGAUGGAUGGAUGUGAUGGUAUUGUGUAGCUACUUCUUUCAUGAGAUCAUCUUCGGUUUGGACAUAUGUAUGUAAUGGAAUGAAUACAAU